UUGAUUAUCUUUUUUUGGAAAAAGUAUCUGUAGUCAUAUUUAUAUGUAUCUAAAUUAUUAAGAUAGUGUGACUUACCCAUCGCGACUAAUGUCGAGUCACAUUGGAUAAAAUCAUUUGUGGUGAAAAAUAAAGGGUUUUAAAAGUUGGGAGAGAAUGGAAAUCUAGUUUUAUACGAGUGGGCAAAAUUGGGCCAACAUGAUGAGGGCAAAAAUAUUUCUUUUCUUUUUCUUUACAAGGAGGCCGUGGCUAGUUGACGAAAAAGACCGAGAAUAUUCUUAAAAAAAAAACCGAGAAGAAUUUUUGAAACAGUUGGCUAGCCAUCCAUCCUACGUGUCACGCGUCCCCACAGCUGCCAUGCAUCCUGCAGCCCCACAACCGACGAGCUACAGAUGAUGAGGCCAACACCAACCACCCGCCAAGAUCAACAGCGCAGCACAAGGCAACAGAAACAGAACAUCACACAGGUCAGGGGAGCAAAGCAGAGGAAUGCAGGGAAUGGGGAUCCUCUCCCUCCCGGGCGGCAUUGCUAUUUUUGGCCGCUCGUGAGAUGGCGGGGUGAAAUGCCCUUGACCUGCGUUGCGUGCGUGGACAUGCCCGGGGAACGGUGACGGCUGCUACACCUCGGUGUCGUGUCCGGCAGCGUGAGGGGCGGAGCCGCGACGCCGCCCGUCGCGGUCGCGGCUUCCUCCUCACCCCCGUUCCCCCGGACGGGCCGCGGCGCCGGUAGGGGAAGCGCGGACGUGACCGAGCGCAUCCGUCGCGGCCGGACAUUGACAGCUUGUGCAAGACUUCAUCGUCUCGUGGUACGUCAUGUCGUCUAAUUCUUCGACAGCCUCGCCGCCGCGGCCGGCUCCAUCGCCGCCGCCAAAAAGCAGCUCUUCUUCUCCUUCUCAUUCAACCGCGCCGCCGCCGUCCGCGGACUCGACGUCCCCACCGCAGCCGCCGCCGAGGGCUUCCUCGUCUCCGGCUCCAUCACGGCCCAGCGACUCCUCGCCGCCACCAGCGGCGUCCAGGUCCCAUGGCGCUCAGUCCUCCUCACCGGCCAAGCCCCACUCUCCACCGGCGGCUCCUGCGCACCGUGGCGGCCCCACCAUGCUGGAAAUCGUUUUCGCCGCGGCCGGCGCCGCGGCGCUCCUCGUCAUCCUUAUCGCCGCCUGCGUGUGCUGCUCGAGGAAGACGGCGCCGAGGAGGAGGAAGAGGCCUCACAAUCCCAUGCAUUACUACGCGGAUUCGUCGUCGUCGGUGUGCAAAGGUAAUAGCAGCACGUACUACCCGUCCGGGCCGCAGCCGCAGUGGCAGAGCGACACCGGCGCGGCGGCGGCGACGGUGAGCUCCUUUGACCCGCCUGGGGGUGGCUGGCAGUGGCAUGCAGCGCCGCCGCCCGCCAUGACCUCCGGCGCGUACUCCAGCCCGCACGGCGCGCCGCCGCCCCCUCCCCCGCACGAGGCGCUGGGGCUCGGCAAGGGCACCUUCAGCUACGAGGAGCUGGCGGUGGCCACGGGCAACUUCUCGGCGGCGAAUCUGCUGGGGCAGGGCGGGUUCGGGUACGUGCACAAGGGGGUGCUCCCCGGCGGCAUGGUGGUGGCCGUGAAGCAGCUCAAGUCCGACAGCGGGCAGGGGGAGCGCGAGUUCCAGGCCGAGGUGGAUAUCAUCAGCCGGGUGCACCACCGCCACCUCGUGUCCCUCGUCGGCCACUGCAUCGCCGGCGCGCGCCGCGUGCUCGUCUACCAGUUCGUGCCCAACAAGACCCUCGAGUUCCACCUCCACGGGAAAGGGCAGCCGGUGAUGGAGUGGUCGACGAGGCUGCGCAUCGCGCUCGGAUCGGCCAAGGGCCUCGCCUACCUGCACGAAGACUGCCAUCCUCGGAUCAUUCACCGCGACAUCAAGUCAGCCAACAUUCUUCUCGACAACAACUUCGAAGCCAAGGUCGCCGACUUCGGGCUGGCCAAGCUGACGUCUGACAACAACACGCACGUGUCGACCCGUGUGAUGGGGACGUUCGGGUACCUGGCGCCGGAGUACGCGUCGAGCGGGAAGCUGACGGACAAGUCGGACGUCUUCUCCUACGGCGUGAUGCUGCUGGAGCUCCUGACGGGGCGGCGCCCCAUCGACGACGCUGGCAGCGGCAGCGGCAGCGGCAGCGCGCAGGCGCACCCGUUCCUCGACGACAGCCUCGUCGACUGGGCGAGGCCGGCGCUAUCGCGCGCGCUGGCCGACGGCGACUACGACGCCGUCGCGGACCCGAGGCUGCGGGGCAACUACGACCCCGUGGAGAUGGCGCGCAUGGUCGCCAGCGCCGCGGCCGCCGUGCGCCACUCCGCCAAGAAGCGCCCCAAGAUGAGCCAGAUCGUGAGGGCGCUGGAGGGGGACAUCUCGCUGGAGGACCUCAACGAGGGGGUGCGGCCCGGGCAGAGCAUGGCGUUCGGCACGGCGGUGGCGGCCUCGUACAAGGCCAAGGCUCCAGGGCCGUACACGUCCGACAUGGAGCGGAUCAGGCAGGCGCCCAUGGCGAGCCCGGUGUACAGCGGCGCGGCCAUCGAGUUCGGCCGUCCUUCUACGAUCGCCAGCGAGGGGUCCUUCUCCGACGAUUUGAGUCCGGUGAAGGGUCAGCCGCACCGGUAGCAGGCAGCAGCUGUGAGCUGUGAGUUGCUACGCCGUGUACGUCUGUGAUGCUGGGCAGUUGCAGUUCAUGCUCGCCGCGCCGUUGUUGAUUGCGCGACAGUCCUGCUUUGGCGUCCGUGAGCUGCUUAUCCCAGCUGUUGCUUGUAACGCAGCCUGCGAGCUGCUGUACCUGUACAUAUCGACAUCGACAUCAACCACACGGAAAAUCUGUAGAUGAACA